AUGCAAGGCAGGAUUCAGAAGCUGGAGGCGGAGAAUCAGGCGCUUCGCGGUCACACAGGCAUCUCAGGUCCUGUGGAGCCUGCGCCCUUGACGGAGGAGAUGCUGGGACGAUACCUCAAGGAGCUCGACCUCUUCGGCAGCCAGAAGGUGAAUGACAAGCUGAUGGAUUCGACGCUGGCGGGCGGGCAGGAGUUCAGCGCGGAGGAGGCGGCUGCGGCCAUGAAGCAGCUGGAGAUGAUCAAACGCUUGGCAGCGGCGCAGGUGGCAACAAGCCAGGCGCCGCCCAGCGAAGAGAAGGCGGAAGCACCGGAGGCCGCGACCCAGGGAAAAGGUGGCAAAGGCCCGCCUAAGGGCAAGAGCAAAGGUCCGCCCCCGCCAGGUGCAAAAAGCAGUGCGCCUGCUGCCGAAGAUACAGAUGCGCCGGAGGCCAAAGAGGACCGCCUGAGCCGAGCGCCGUGCCCAAGCCAGCAGGGAAGGCCAAGGGCAAAGGACCGCCGCCACCCGGUGGGAAGGGCAAGGGCCCUCCUCCGGGCGAGGCAAAGGAGGAGAGCAAGGAGGAGCCGAAAGAGGAAGCUGCUACCCCAAAGAAGGGUAAAGGAAAAGGCCCCCCUCCCCCAGGCGGCAAGGGGCCGCCUGCCCCUGCGGGCAAGGGGCCGCCUGCCCCCGCUGGAAAGGGGCCGCCUGCGCCUGGUGGCAAAGGGCCAGCACCAGCAGGCGCGAAGGGCGCGAAGGGCGCGAAGGGCGGCAAGGGCGGCAAGGCGGCAGCGCCGCUGGAGACGAAGCCGGCGGUGA